AAGCGGAUUCAGUGAGUCACGGCGUCGCGUCGAGCAUCGUCGCUUUUAUUCCCGGACGUGCAUCCCCUUCGACGCCGACAAGUCAACUACGAAAUGCUUAUAACGAGACGGUGAAAUUCGAUUUUGCCCACACGAGCGAUCACACGUCCCACCAGACCGGAAGUCGUUUAAAUUUUCGCCUACCGAAGUCGGACCAUUUCAUCCAUUUUUAAUUCUAUACGGAAUUUUGUCGACGAAUUUAUGUGACACGUUCAGUGCUUUGGUUAUCGAGGAAAUUAAUUGUAAAUAGAAAACAUUUUUGUGGCAUCUUUGAGUAUAGGCUGUUUACGAUUUGAUGAUACAGGGAGUUUGAAAAACAAGAAGUUGAUAAGGGUCUAACAAAGAUGGACGUAAAAGGGCGAGUUGCCCUGGUGACGGGUGCCGCUUCUGGCAUCGGCAAAGCGUGUGCCAUAGAAUUGUUAAAAGAAGGUGCUAAAGUGUCCAUAUGCGAUAUAAUUGCAGAUGAGGGUGAUAAGGUAGUAGAAACUUUGUCCGCGGAAUACGGAAAAGAUCGAGUAAUCUUCUGUCAAUGUGACGUCACAGACUACUCACAGUUCGAAGAAUCUUUUCAAACGACGAUGGCAACGUUUGGUCACAUCGACAUCGUAAUCAACAAUGCUGGAAUCAUGAACGAUCGAUUUUGGGAGCUGGAAGUCGAUAUUAAUGUCAACGGUGUGAUCCGUGGAACUUUGCUUGCCCAGCGAUUUAUGGGGACGGACAAGGGUGGCCAGGGUGGAAUCGUGGUUAAUAUUGGAAGCAACGUCAGCAUCAACCCUUAUGCCAGUGUACCAAUUUAUUCUGCCACUAAGGCGGCGAUUGUUAACUUCACCAGGGCGUUCGGGCAUCAAUACCAUGUGGAUUUAACCGGAGUGAAGGUAAUGGCAUUGUGCCCAAGUGCGACAGAUAGCAAAUUACUGGGGAACGUAACCAAACAGUUGCUGUGGGCUAGAUACGAAGACGCCUGGCGCAGUGACGUAGCCAGUUCAGUUCCUCAGAGAGCGGAGCACGUGGCAAAGGCGUUGAUCCACAUUCUGAACACAGGCAAAAGCGGCAGCGUGUGGUUGGUCGAAAAGGACCAGCCACCCCGCGAAAUCACAUUCCCGGAGAAUUAAAAGAUCCUAGCAUCUCCACGAAUCACGUGGAUCCUUCCUCGCUUGAAUACAAGUAAACUGUGCCGUACCAUAAUCGCGAAUGUACCGAAAUUAUAGUCGAAAAUUGCUGAGGAGCCCUACGGAUCGCUGAGGAGUUCCCGAGGAUCGAUGGAUCGAUUGCUCAAUGGAGACCACGUCAGAAUACGCGUGAAACCUAAAUACAACGCGUUGAUCGAUUAAAAAUUAAUUCAUCGACACGUUUCAUCGCCAAAGAGACUACUCUGAUUCGAAUGAUUUUCUGAACAUUCAUUUCACACAAGUUGCAAUGUUCUUGCGACUAAUUUGCAUCGAUUUUAAAGCGAGAGUUAUGCGAAAAAUUCUGUUGUUAAUCGAUCAGAGAAAUUUUCAGGGACCGAUUUUAAACUACCCUGUAAACGGUGGUUGAAUUUUUUAAUGGGAAUUAUGUUGAUGAGCGUGCAAUUUUGGAUUUCGAACUGAUUUUAUGGGAAAAAGAAUUUUUCACGCUGUAAUAUUGAUUGUGAAUUGAAUGAUUUUUCGGUGAGAAUUGAAGUGUUCAAAUUAAGGUGUAACCGAAAUUUGAAAUUUUCGACUGCCGUCAUUUUUCCUAUGGAACACACUUUGUAACAUAUUUCCGACACUUUUUUAUGUUUGAUAUGGCGACUGGCUAUGUGGCACUGGGAGAGAGGAAGGUUUUAUAAGUUUUUGUUUUUUUCUCAAGGUUUUCUAAUUCCCCGAGUUUCAAAUUUCCAAGGUUUCAAAUU